CAGCAGCAUGAAUUAUUAUCAGAGCCAGAUACGAUUGAUCGAGAAGUAGCAGCUACAACGGCUAAUCUAGCAUUAAAAUCACCUACCUAUUCACCUUAUUCAGCAAAGAAGCCAUUAAAACAAAAUAGACAUCAUUCCAAUACGACUACAUCAUCUAUGUCUACCACUUUAAAUAAUAAAAAGACAAGCGAUAGGGCAUUGGAAAAACUUCAAACUGAGGUUACUGCAAUAACAGAACAAAUCGAUAGACUUCGACAUAGUAUCAAAUUACGUGAAGAACGAGAUCGACAAAAAUCAAAUUGGAGUAUCUGGAGAAUAACUAAAUUAAUCUUAAAGCAUUUAUUAGCUAAUUCAAUCAUCUUUUCCCUUGUAUUUUAUUUCCUUUGGAGAAAGAGGUCACCUAUUGCUUAUACAAUGAUAGGUUAUUUAAUGCCUAUUAUUCAGAAAAUGAUACGUAAAAUAUUAUUUUGGAAG